AUGGCUGCAAAGGUUUCUCAGUGGCAGAGCUAUCUUCAAGUGAUUAAAUCUCGUGAGGGCCAGAGAAUGGAGUAUUUCCAGAAAGCAGAGAACAUUUUGCUCAUUGUACUGGAAAGAGUCAAUGCCAUGGAUCCUAGGUUCAUAGUGGAUUAUUCAAGAAAUCUGGAAGCCUUGGAAUUUGCACUCUGUGCCACUGAGGAUGAAGUAACUAUGGAGGUUCCUUUGUGCAUGGAUGCUGAUGCUCUCCUUGUACAGGAGUGUUCAGGUGAACAGAGUGACUCUGAGAAAGUUACUCAUGGAAAUUACCAGAUGCCAGGCUCUUGCUAUUUGGGGGUACCAAAGGAAGGAAAUCAGCUAGAAAAGUGGACCAAAGAAGAUGUGUUCAGUAUGGUAGGCAGUACUGAAUCCAGUGGACACAUUGUACCAGGCAAGAUCCUCCAACUCCUGAAAGACCUCAUUGUGGCUGCCAUUGUUUAUUGCAAGCGUCAGUUCCUCAUCAAGCCAGGUGAAAUCAGCGCAGAGAGGCUAAAGGAAGAUGACAUGCAACUUCCAUUGCUGAUAUCCAGUGGCUGGAAAAUGAUCUGCUUCAACAUUGUCCCUGUAGUGAGGAGAAAACAGAACGCUCUGAAGUUCAACAACAAUUGGCGAGAAAGAGGUUUUCCACAAGGCAGCUUGUGGAAAGUCACUCAGGAGGCUGACUACAUCCCUGCCAGUUACUAUCACUGGAGAUAUUCUACCAGUCGACCCAUCCUGAAACUCCUUCAGAUUAUUAGCACCUUAAAGGGUUACUGUCUGGACAGUCUCUGCCUCCUUGACCAAGUCAACCAUGAAUACUGGACAGAAAAAGGCAAUAACAAAGGGCUUACCUUUCACCACUUAAAGAUGGUGUUGUUGUGGGCCACUCACUUUUUCUCUUCCCCCGAAGACUGGGUGAAUCUGGAAGGGUCAGUGUAUCGCCUUCUGGUGAUUUUGCUCUGCUGUUUAGUGAUCAACCGUCUCCCACAUUUCCUGUAUCCUGAACAAAAUCUGUUCCAUGGAGAAGGUGCAGACCUGAGUUCAUUGUACGCCAAAGUGGAGAGCUUUGCUAACAACCCUAAGUAUUUCCUGAAGUUCAAUUUUUCUGGAACAGAAUAUAAAACACUCCACCAGAUAGAUAAUGCUUUCAAAGCUUUACUUCACCUCCCAGCUGAAGAUAAAGCCUACUGGGACACAGCCUUCUUUGAUAUGCUGCUUAAUAAGUUUCAGAUGUAUGAGAUUACGGACACACAGCGAGUUUCUGCUAUGUCAAACAUCCUGUCAAAAACCAAGAAAAUGGUAACUAAUCGGAGUUGAAAACAUCACUUUUCCACUAUGACGUCCCUACCUGGAUGGAUUUGCUUCACAUUUAGCAUUUCCUGUGAACAAAAUCCCUGUCUACUUAGACUGUUUAGCUGAGAUUCUGGCUCAUCAUAACUGCUUUAUCAGGAAAAGAACACACAGAAAAAGACAACUUGUGACUGUCACCAGGUGGCAGUGGCCAUUAAGGAUGAUGGUCCAAUUUUCUGUUUUUUUUAAAAAAAUAGAACAGGUGAAUGUACACAGUAGGAGUAACUUUUUUUGUACAAUGUAAUGUACAAUCUGAGAGUUCUGAAUCUCUGCAGGAAAAGCUAGAGCUGUGGAAUACAUGGAGGAAGAUGCAACCUACCUCUAAAUCCAGUGAGGUAGAUUUCCUUUACUCUCUCCCACCUUCACAUACUUGGUGAUAACAGUGACAGCAGAUGCUUGCCCUCACACAGGUGAGGGCUUCCCCUGUUAAAGCACAAGAUGCUUUAUCUGAAGGAAGAACAAACACUGUUUCUGUAGCCUGAUGACUUCCAUGGAUCUACUGCUCCAGAAAGUGUUUCGAAAGUUGGCCAGCUCUUUCCUUUAUCCCAAAGUUCUGAUGAGCCUAAUCAGUAGGUAUACACAUUUCAGGGUACAUCUCUUCCCAUAUCCCUGAAAUAUUGAGUGCAUCUGAUUAGAGGACAGUAGUUGUGGGCUCUGUCUGUGCAUGUGUGUAUGUGCUUUAAACACAGAUGUGGGGACUCUUGACAGUUUCAGCCUAAGUGGAACUACAUCCAUCUGACUUCAGACUUCGAAGAGUGUAACUCUGCUUCGAUUGCACUGUGAGAGGCUUUACUGCAACAGCUAUUCUGGGGAUUAUAAUUAAUUAUCAUAGUAAUAUUCCAAUAAUAUAUCCUGUCAUUUACUUUUGCAAACCAUGGUGCUUUGUACACAUACACACACACACACACAAAUUCACAUGUUUAUCAUGUAUUCUUUUGCAUACUUUUACAAAAAAAAUUAUGUGUUCCUGGUGCUUCUAUAUGGACCUGGUUACUUGUAACAUUAAUUAUAAAUCUGUUAAUCCUUAUUUGUGGGAACAGUAUAUCAUAUUAAUGCAGUCCUUCAUAAAUCACAAGACCUUGUAUCUGGUCAUUAAAAUAAUUC